GCUGCCGACAAUUCCGAAGACAACUGCUCGCUCGGUAACUCGGAGCGCGCCAGUUGCCUCCAAAAUGGCGAAAUGGUUGGCUCUCGACAAAAUUGCAAACUUCAUUCAGUGUAUAAAACACAACGGUGGGAUCUUAGGAUCGUUACGUACGUUGUAUAGAGUGGACGAGUUGAAAUUUGGUAACUUGGUUGGUCAAGACAAGUAUGGCAACAAGUAUUACGAGAAUAAUAUGUACUUUUACGGUAGGAACCGAUGGGUGAUUUACAGUGAAAAUGUUGGUAUGAACUAUGAUGCUGCGCAAGUUCCAGCGGAAUGGUACGGGUGGUUGCAUUACAAGACGGAUUUACUUCCACAUAGAGAUCCGUACAGGCCAAAGUACAAGUGGAUGGCUGAUCAUACGCCCAAUUUAUCAGGCACAAACAAGGCUUACAUGCCCUACAGUACCACCAAACCAAAGAUAGAAGCAUGGCAACCUAAGGAUUAGCUAAGCAAGGGUGUAGCAAAUUGAUGUACCGUGAUAAUAUAGCAGCAUUGAAGUUAUUGUAAAUUUUAUUUCUUUUCUUGAGUAAUGUAUCAAAGUACUCUCUGUGUAUAUAAUUACCAGUGUGCAAGAGCAACUGGACGUUGAAUAAAAUUAA